UUCCAUACAGUUGUGUGAGUCUCUCAAUUCAACAUGCACAAAUUCGCACAUCUAUUGUUUGUUUUCGUUAUCGUUGCAGCCGCUUACGGGGCUCCAGCACCUGAGGCCGAUGGUGAUGACAGAAUUUUGAAUGGAAAAGCAGCCAAGUUUUUGCAAUACCCAUUCGUGGUCUCCCUUCAAUACAAAAUGCCAUCUGAUCCAAACGAGCUAGUACGUUCUAAAUUUUGCGGUGGAUCAAUCAUCAAUACAGAGUGGAUUUUAACAGCUGCCCAUUGUAUUAAUACCGUAAAAUCCGAUGGGGAAAUGCACAUUAACGCUGGUGUUAAUAACGCAUUUGACCAAACCGGUCAAUACCCAAAGGUCAGCAAAAUCAUUGCUCAUCCUCAAUACAACAAAACAGGUGAAGAAGAACACGAUAUCGCAUUAUUGAAAUUGGAAACUCCAUUAAAGUUGGGACCAGCAGUCCAACCAAUAGCUUUACCACCACCAGACUUCAAACCAUCGGGAGUAGGAACCAUUAUGGGAUGGGGAGCAAUCAAUGCAGAUCAUUCUAAAUCAAGUAAUCGUUUACUUGAAGUAUCUAUUCCCGUAUCUCCAUCAAAGGAUUGUGACAUCUUUCGUGGACAUCGCCCAGCAGAACAUAUUUGUCUUGGAGGAAAGGGUGGUGGUAGCGCGUGUGCUGGUGAUUCUGGUGGUCCAUUCAUCUUAACUCAUAAAGGUAAACCCACAGUUGCGGGUGUUACAUCUUUUGGUACCGUCGAAUGUACUGCGAAUGAACCAAUUGUUUACACAAAUGUAGCUGCUUACCGUGGUUUUAUUGAUAGUACAUUAGCCCAAAAUUAGAAUUUAAUGAUAUUGUAAUAUUUAAAUUAAUAAAAAAUUUUAAAAACAUAA